AUGCGCUCCUUCGCUGUCGUCGCCGGCUUUGCCGUUGCUGCCAACGCCUAUGGCUACGGCUGCCAUGCUGAGGUCUACAACACCACCAUGACUUCGGCCACUCCCUCCAAGCCUGCCGAGUACUCGGUUGCCUCCAGCUCCACCCCCGUUGAGGACUACCCAGUUCACUCCGUCUCCUCCAUGACCCCCGAGCACCCUGUCUACACCACCAAGGUCGUCACUGGUCUCACCACCGUCUGCCCUGAGCCCACCACAGUCACCUACGGCACCAAGACCUACGUCGUCAAGACCAGCACCACCAUCAUCGACGAGGACUGCGAGUACACGACCACCUACCCUGCCAAGCCCACCCCAACUCCUGCUCAGCCCACCCACGAGGCUCCUUCCUCGAUGGCUCCUCACGAGUCUUCGAUGGCUCCUUCCUACCCCGCCUCUUCCAUGCCCCCGGCUCCUGCUGUCUCGUCCAUCAUGACCCACUACGCUCCUCCUGCCAGCCAAACUCCCGUUGCCACUCCCCCGGCCCACGUCCCUUACCCAUCUGCUGGCAACGGCACCGUUCCCCACCCCACUGCUGCCACGCCUUCCAGCACCAAGCCCGCUACCUCCGAGUUCACCGGUGCUGCUGCCCAGGCUGGUGUCGGUCUCUUGGCCGUUGUCGGUGCCGUCGCUGCUUUCUUGUAA